AUAUUGUAUUGUUGCUCAUGUUUUAUUCAACAAAACAACAGCGCAAUCAUUAAAUCAAUAUUAGCAAGUUAACUUGGCAAAGUUGGAAAAUGCAAACAACGUUGCAAAAACCUUAAAAUUUAUGACUUUUCCACGAGUUGCCGGAAAAGAACAACAGUUUAACAUUUCCGCAACCGCAUUACUAAUCCAGCAAGAGCCAAAUUCAAUUAGGCAAAUUGCAGCUCCCUGGCUCAUUAACCUCUAAAGGAGAUGCGAGGAAAAUGCAAACGAGCUGCGUCAUUGAGAAAUUUUGGCAAGAGCAGAGUACUCUAUAGCUGCUCAUUCCGGCAUAAAAAGGAUAAAAAGCAAUGCGUCUGACGCUAAGCCGGUGCAUUUCAUCCACAGGCGUCUCGUGAAUAAAUUUGAAUAAUAGUCUCACGGCAGCCUACGGUAAAGCUUUUGGGCUGAUCGAGGGGCAGGGGAGGGGGGACACUCUCAACAAGGUGUGGUUAAUGAUCAGAGAAAGAGAGAGUGCUCGAGACAAAAAGGGCAACUCGCUCUCAGCCGAUAGUAAAUGCUGGAUUAACAACAAUUCACUUCCUAUGCCUGCACUGCACACCCGCCUGUCUUUUCUAUGAUCGAACGAAUGCGCGUCUCGAUUGAUUGACCCUCUCUUUCUUUCGUCGAGAGCAAAAACAAUUAUGUCACGGGCAGCAGCCGCGGCUCGCAUCUCGGGACACGCACUUUGGUGAAACCGCCUGCGAGCACGGAUCUGUCACUCUCUCGCAAGCCGCAAGCAUGCAGCUCCUCGCCAAGAUAGUACUGCUGGCGUGCCUCGUUGCACUCUGCCUCGCUUACGAUCCUGAAGACUCCAAGCUGGCCAAAGUUCUCCUUCCAGAGGGCGAAUUCGAAGCUUUCUACCCUCAACGCGCCUUCGGGACGGUCGGGGGCGACGCACGUCCACCUCACGGUCACGGCUCCUUCUACAAACACCGCAAUCCGGCCCUCGUGGACGUGAAAAAUGCGGCCGCGUACGGUUUCAGAUUCGACGGCAAGCGCAGGUUCAACUUCGACUGACCAUGAAAUUACACGCCUUCAGCAUGGACACCGACCUGCCUUUGUAAACAACGCACUUGAAUAAAUUUGUAAUCAAAUAUCA